GGCAGCAGCCCGUCGGCCGCCGCCAACUACCUGCUCUGUACCAACUGCCGGAAAGUGCUGCGGAAGGAUAAAAGAAUCAGAGUAUCUCAACCCUUGACAAGAGGACCAAGUGCCUUUAUUCCAGAGAAGGAAGUUGUCCAAGCAAACACGGUGGAUGAACGCACUAACUUUCUUGUGGAAGAAUACUCGACUUCCGGGCGCUUGGACAACAUCACCCAGGUCAUGAGUCUGCACACGCAGUACCUGGAGUCUUUCCUGAGGAGCCAGUUCUACAUGCUGCGCAUGGACGGCCCGCUCCCUCUGCCGCACCGGCACUACAUCGCCAUCAUGGCUGCAGCUAGACAUCAGUGUUCUUACCUAAUAAACAUGCAUGUGGAUGAAUUUUUAAAGACAGGCGGUAUUGCUGAGUGGUUGAAUGGUUUGGAAUAUGUACCACAAAGACUGAAAAAUCUUAAUGAAAUAAACAAGCUGUUAGCACACCGACCCUGGCUGAUCACAAAAGAGCACAUUCAGAAACUUGUCAAAACUGGAGAAAAUAAUUGGUCCCUGCCCGAACUGGUACAUGCUGUGGUCCUGCUGGCACACUAUCAUGCUUUGGCAAGCUUCGUUUUUGGUAGUGGCAUCAAUCCAGAGAGAGAUCCAGAGAUUUCCAAUGGAUUCAGGCUGAUAUCAGUUAACAAUUUCUGCGUGUGUGAUCUCGCUAAUGACAACAACAUAGAGAAUGCAUCCCUUACAGGCGGCAACUUUGGGAUUGUAGAUUCUCUAAGUGAGCUAGAGGCCUUAAUGGAAAGAAUGAAAAGGCUUCAAGAAGAAAGGGAAGAUGAAGAGGCAUCUCAGGAAGAAAUGACCACUCGCUUUGAGAAGGAGAAGAAAGAAAGUCUUUAUGUGGUCCCUGGAGAUACUUUUCAUUCAUUUCCUCAUUCAGAUUGCUCAUUACCAUCCUUAGAUUUUGAGGAUGACAUGAUUGUAACUUCUGAUGUCUCCCGCUAUAUUGAGGACCCCGGUUUUGGGUAUGAAGACUUUGCCAGACGAGGGGAGGAGCAUUUGCCAACGUUCCGAGCUCAGGACUACACCUGGGAAAAUCAUGGGUUCUCCCUGGUGAACAGACUUUAUUCUGACAUUGGGCAUCUCCUUGAUGAAAAGUUCCGCAUGGUCUACAAUCUCACCUAUAACACUAUGGCCACCCACGAGGCUGUGGACACAACCAUGCUGCGCAGAGCUUUAUUUAACUACGUUCACUGUAUGUUUGGAAUCAGGUAUGAUGACUAUGAUUAUGGAGAAGUUAAUCAAUUACUUGAACGAAGCCUGAAGGUUUACAUUAAGACGGUGACCUGCUAUCCGGAGAGGACGACCAAGCGCAUGUAUGACAGUUACUGGCGUCAGUUCAAACACUCAGAAAAGGUUCACGUGAAUUUACUUCUGAUGGAAGCGCGGAUGCAAGCCGAACUCCUCUACGCGCUUCGUGCCAUCACCCGGCAUUUGACCUGAAGCGUCACCCAGGGAACACGUCACAUGUGUGUAAAGACCUUUUCCCAUAGGAUAUACAUCAGAAGCUGUUUGUGAUGUAGCAUCAGACAUCAUCCAAUUCUCUAGUGUCAAAGUUUAGCCGUUUUGGGGGGGCGGCUGUAAUGUGCAAUGAUGUGUUUUCUUUUUCUCGAUGCUUAACAUGACUAACGAUUGCAAAAAAUAAUGCUGAGGAGCACUACUUCGCAUUGUUCGUAGUUGGGUUUUUGGAUCCCGAUCAUAAAUCACGGACCCGGUUUGUUAACGCUUAACUUCCGCGCUUUGGGGUUUUGUGUGUUUCGUGUAUUUUUGUUCUUUCCUUUUUUUUUUUUUUUAAAUAAGGAAAAGCGCUUACAAUCUGCUCAAGCAACUGUUUUUCAGAUAUUGGAAUUCAGCAAUGAAUGACCUCCUCCGGCCAUUCUAAAAUGUUACCGUUGUGUCCUAAAUCUGGUGGCGAGAAGCAUGCGCUGUCGAACUAAGCUGCUCACAGGACACUCAUCUGUGUCCCCAGGAGAUUAUUUGUCAGGCACUGUUUAUUUUUUGUUUGUUUGUUUGUUUGUUUUGGGUUUUUUUUUUACUGCUAUUGGCGAUAACAUGAAAUGUGAUACAGCCAUUGUCCAUAACUUAAUGUGAAAUUAAUCAUGAUGAAUUCUAUAGCAUGCUACUGAAAUGCCAAAUUCAGCUCUUUUCUUCUCUUUGGAAACGGAAGUUUCAGAUUUCCAUAGCAGAUGUAUAUAUUCAAAGUGGAAUUAUGCACAAUCCUUUCUAUCACUGACAGUAAUCCUCAGUCAUCAUAAACAAUCAGUGCUCACAGUGCUGCUUACAGGUCACUUAGCUGGCACAUAUCGACAACAUGUACCCACACAAGACUGACCAAAAAUUUUCUUUGCACAUUUUUCGUUUCUCAUAGUGUUUUCUAUAUUGCCGUAAGCAGAGAAAGCAGAGGUUAAUAUACCUAUAUUUUUUUCCUGUUAGGCUUUUAGAACUUAUUUUCCAUGGUUUUUCUGAUGAUAGGUUAAACAGUUAAUUAUUCAAAGGUUAAAAAAAUUGUGUUUCUAUGCAUUAAUGUGAUUGAACAACAGCAAGAACAAAAGAGUGCAAUAUGUUAAAAAAAAAAAAAACUCAGCUAAACUUUCCCCCUGUUAUGUCACUGCAGAAGUGUCCUUUGAAAACAGAGCCAUAAAGAAAUUGUGUUCAGAUUUCUUUAUUGCACAAGGCUUUUUGCCUUCCUGGGGUUGAACAAUGUUCCUUUCGCAAUGCCAAAGCAUCCCCUUCCCCAGAAAAAUCUCUUUGGACGACUGGUUUAAAAAAGAUAGCAAGUCUUAAGGGAGGGAAAAUAAUACCCCAAAAGUCACAUUUUUGCAUUGGUUUCUGUUGCUGGAUUAGACGACCUUCACAGAGCACAACAUUAUGUGUUUAUAGCUUUAAUUUGUAUUAUGUUACUGACCCAGUGAAGUGCCUGAAGAGACGCUUACAGCUCUCCAGUAGGACACGGCUGCACUGCUUAAACACUUUUGGGUUAAUUAAGGAUGACUUGAAUUUUACACAAACAUGCUAAUUUUUUUUAAAAAACAGAUCCAUUUUCUCCUAGUGAAUGAUAGAGUUAAAUUGUCCCAUUAGAGUUCCCACAAAGAUUUCGUUUUAGACUUACCUGUUAGAUAGGACUGACUUCUUUUUUCUCUCAAGAAAGAAUCGUGGACUAGUGUUUUGUUAAAUCAUUUCUCCCUUCCACGCAUCACCCUUUUCUGGUACAAUCCACUAGGUUGCUUUCUUUUAGGUUUUGUUCCAGAUAAGAGACUUAGAAAGAUGACUGUAAGCCUAUGAAGAUAAGUUGGUUCUGCAUUUUUAGAUUCUAGGACCUUGGUUGCAAUCUUCCAUGUGAGGAAAAAAAAAUGACCAAUAUUUUUUAAGGCAGGGUGGUUUAUUUAAAGAGAUUACUCAAAGAACUUGUGCCAGAUCUAUUCUGUUUUGUUUAUUGCAUAAACCAUGUGUUGAUUUUAUUUCAUAUGACUUUAUAUAGACAUGUAUUUACUACAGAGAAGGUAUUCAGGGGAAUGGCAAAUACAAACAGCUACAUGCCAUGUCCAUUUCACUUCCCUGAUUUUAGAACUUUCAAAUUGAGGAUAGCCUUUAUUCCUGACUUUUUUUUUAGCUAGAAUUCUUUCUGUUAAUAGCCCUAUGUUUUUGCGCAGGUGACCCGUAUGACAGGAUGAAAAAUGACCUUUGUGUAAUGAAAAGGAGGAGAAAUUCUCGCGGAACACCCGAUGAGCUUGAGACCAAAAGGGGAAACAAAGUUUAAGUAGUUAAAAUGGCCACUUAGUUUUUGUUCUUGUGUUUUUUCCCCCAGAAACGUUAAGUCGUUGGAGUCUGGGUUAUGGGAUUCUUAGUGCCUUUACUGGAUCUCUUUCUUAGCAAGGUUUCUUUUUAGCUCAGCAUAGACCUAUCUCAUUGCUAACCAGGAAAAUCAGUCGACUUGGAACUCUAAACAAAAACAAAACAAUCUAUCUAUGAACCUCACUGACUCAGCCUAGAAAAACUGACUUCCGAAGGUGCCAAGGCACCUCCCGAGAGGCAGCGUGCACGGCUCUGCAGGUUGUGAAUACUAUCUCACGGCGCGGUUGCUGUGCGCUUCAUCUCGUGCGCGCUUGAAAUUCUGAUGCGGUUUUCCAGGGUGGUAUUUUUUUCAGAGUAAUGAAUUUACUAUGUAGUCAUUUAUAGUGUAGCUUUUUUAUAUGCAAAUGUGAUAUUUUUAAAAGUGAUAUCUGGUUCAAUUGGUACAAUGAGCUGAAUAGAGGCGAUUAUACGCUCUGCUCACCCACACCUCAAGCUCACGUUGUGCCAAACUUACAUGUGCGAGUGUCGGUGAGCAAAAGCACACGCGAAUGUCAAGUCUCUGACUUCGUUGCUUAUUAUUUUAAAAUUAGUCCAAUAACCCACCGAUGUACAUGCUUGAGCGAUGUCUGUGUACUUUUGAAUUUUGAGUUUUCCCACUUCGGCUGUAAUUCUUACUUUCUCAGAUCACCUUAAGAAACAUCUAAAUGCUCUCUCAUCUAAAAGUACAUCUUUAACUCUGUCCCUUGACUGUGGGAGGGGCCAGGCAGCCGCCUGGACUUCGGAUCGGGCCUCCUCAGACAGACUGGUGUCAAUUAGAGGAAACAGGACUUUGAGAUGGGACCACUUACUACUUUCUUAACCUUUUUGAGUUAAGCGUAUUGUGUCAGACUCAGGAAGAAUCUUGGUCCCAUUUGGGGUACUUUUUAAAUAUAAGGUGGCCAAUGUGGAAUCUGGGGCAUGGCCUUGGCCUGUAAUUAUGGCUUGAAACCCAAAUAAGAAAGACAGAGCAACAUGGGGCUCUCUUAGAACAGAAAAUUCAAUGUAAGCUUUAUAUCAAAAUCAUGUAUGAACCAGAGCCUCUAUUUCAUUUGUGUUAUAAAAUCCCUGAAAGAUUUUAAAUGCUCCUAAAAACUAAUGAACGUUAGUCCUGAGCAACACUUUUUCCCACCUUAUAGUUUUUAAAUCCAAAAUCUUAGAUUUUUAUGCCGCAGCAAAAUGAAAUUACCAGCAAUUAAAGAUCUAUGCUUAAAAAUAGUCCCCCGCUUUCAUGCAGAGUGCAUGCAUACAUGAUGGUGAGAUUCUUUAACACUCUAGGAGCAAUUCGUCAGGGACAAAAAUAAAUGACAGUGCAUGUUAUAAAAAUGAUUUGCACUGUGCUAGUAAACUGAGGUUUUUGUUUUGUUUCUGUUGUGUUUGAGAGACGAUUCUAAAUCCUGCCUCUGGAAAGCAAGACCUUAAACUCUUCUCUUUAUCAUAAAUGGGACUUUUUCCUCUUUUAUGCAAACAGACGGUCUUGCGUGGAGUAAAAAUUAUGCAACAAUAAUGUUAUGUAAAUAGUAUAUGAAAUUUUCUAAGUAGUAUAAUUCAACAGCAAACUGAGAGACAUGUGGCUCCUCUAUUCAGAUUGAGUUUUAAGUUGCCUAAUUUUUUUAGUCGGAACCUACUCUAGGUGGCCAUCAUCGUAAACUAUGUUUUCCUAGUAUGCCCCUCUGGAGACUGAGAAUCAAAUUCAGCAGUCUUUCCUUAAAACAGUACUGUAACGUGAAUGUAUUCGUCUCAGUCAACAGAACUUCAGUGCCCCCUGUACGUGGAGCUUACUUCCAUGCCAAUGUGGCUCAGGUGAGACCUAGAACAAGAAUAGCUGGGGUGAAAUGGAUCGUGGAGGUGGAGGUUAAGUGUCAAGGCAGGGCCCCGUGAGGAGGGAAAAGCUUUUCCCCAGAACACGUGGACCAGAAUUCUCAGAGCGUGGCUGCCCUCAGCAUCACACACCUAAUCUAAAGGAGCUCUUCCGGUUGCGGGAGCUCCUGCCUACAUUGAGCCCGCCCUUUCCCACCUGCUUUCUCUUCCUCCAAGUGCCUCGACCUCUACCAUGCUCUCUCUCCUCCCCUCAGCCCAUCUUGGUCCGAAGGCCUUUUCACAAUCCAAACCAAACAUCACCAGCCACCUGCUGAUAGUCACCAGCAUUUACUUUUCCAAGUUGCUUUUUCCUUCAUUCAUUAAGAAUACGACUUUGCCCCCACUCCCUGUGAAUCCCAUGAUCACCCAGCUAUAUUUUGGCUAACCUCUGCCCUAGACACCCCACCAGGUAUUAUGCAACACCCCCUGUGAUCUCGUCCACCCCAUACUGUCCUGCCCUUUCCCAGCUGCCAAAAUACUUGCUCUCCUCUACCUCAUCCCCAAAGAGCCUAUAAAUUCAGAGUAUCCAACCUUUUCAUGGAUUCACCUCUGUUGUUCAGUAAUACUACUUCCAUAUUUUAAAUAAAUCAUAGAAGAUAUUUGCCUUCUAUCGAAGUAAGAAUCUUUAUAUUUAUACAUGAUACAGAAAUUGAACUAUUUCUACCAUGCAGAAUUUAGCAUUUAGCAGGAUUUUAAAGUGAUCGAAUUGCCAUCCUAACCUGGAUCUAUAUUAGGUUAUAGACACCUGCAUUAGUCCAAGUUAUUUGAAUGUGAAGUUGAAAUUCUCCGACAGUCCGGAGGGAUCUGUAACCUGGCAGUGGCACAGGAAGUUUCCGGCAGACACUCUUUCGACUGAUGUCAUUCGGUCCUUGAAACACAUUUCCAACAGAAGGACAUGUAAAGGGUGUUUAGGUGGUCCUGUUGGAUCACAGGAGCCCAUUUGAUUUUUAAUGUAGAUAAAAGGCCACAAAAUUGGCGACAUGAGGGUUUGAGCAGGCUUUCCCGGGUUAGAUGGAGCUUCAAAGCCCCAUUCCCAGCCUGUUCUCACGGGGGUCACGUGCCCGGGGGAUGAGAAGGGAACGGGCUGACGCUGGGGUCUCUGUUCCCCUGGCUGCACUUCCGGGGUGUCUGGACAGCAUCGUUAAGGAACAGGAAGAGGAGGAAGGAACACGGAGGAGGAGGAAGCGACCACACUUCCUCUCUAGCCAGUGCCUACUUGGUGUGGCUCAUGGAUGAAAACUGUCAGGUUUCCGUGGUGGCGCGCGUGUAUCUGUAGGUGGUUGCCUGACCCGAAGACAAACCACCCUAUUUGAAAAAACACAUUAUUAUGAUCUUUGGAUGACUUCCACGCCCAUUCCUGAACCACCCAACCUGACAGCAGAGUCUAGUAAAUGCCUUUAAGGGCCCAGGAGUAGACAGAUGCCUAGUUAAGAAAUGAGACUUUAAUAAUGGAGACUGAUGGGAAUGGUUUUUAUUAAAUCAUAUGUCAUGAAGUGUUCAUUCUAGCUUUAAAUUAAUUAUGACUGCACCACCAUGAAGUACAGAGUUGGAAAAGAAGAAAUAUAGGGGUGGGGGGGAUGAAUAUCUGAUUCUUUUCAGUGCUUGUGGAAAUCUUUGAAGUAAUGACGUGCAUACUAUAAAACAGCCACUAGAACAAACACCCCGUUUUGCAGCUCAUAGGACAACAUCCAACGUUAGUAAGUCUAAAUAUGAUAAAUAUAAUUUUGGUAUAUAAAUUUGCUGGUACAGUCUAUUUUCUUGCACCCCUCAAUUUAACCUCUUAGAAAGUGAAUGUAUAAUUUUAACAGAAUAUCAAAGGGAGAGACACUCUCUCAUCUUUAAUGCUAAAAUACUGUUUAUGAAUCCUGAUGAGCAGAGUGUAUGCAUUACGACACUUACUGAACGAAACUAAUUAUACAUCUCUGUCUUAAAUUAAUCAGCCUUUACAAAUUUUCACCUGACUCUUAAAUCUGAUAAGGAAGGAUCAAAGAGUGGGAUAAAAGGAAACGGAUCCUUGGAUAGCCGAGAAGUUUCCUUUGUCAUGUUGAGACGUUUCUUCUUUCUGAAUUUCACUGGCUCUCCAAAAUAAAAAGUAAGAGUUAAAUGGUACCCUUGUUCAUCAAGGAAACAAAUCCAAGCUCUGCCUCCAGUGCAGAUAUUUCUUUCACAUCCGUAUAUCGUCCCCGGAAAGAAAAUACAAUUUUUUCCCUUCCUCUUUCUCUUCACAUUUACUCUUUUCAAUCCGAAAUCAGAUAGACAUGGAAAACAAACCAACCACAAGCCAGCCUGGCAUCUUCUCCAUACGAAUGGAAGAGUCACGGCCACAUGCACAGUUGGAGCAAGGUUACAAAGAACCCAGUCAGGUCAGCUUGGAACAUGGCCUUGCUACUUGGAUUAGCUCCUUCAAACCUGAAAAUAACUUUUCCUGGUCAUGGAAGAACUGGAUGUAUCCUUUAGCUUAUGAAAUAGGAUUUGAACUUGAAAUCUCUUUUUACAAAAAAGAAAAAAAUCCUGAUUUUGCAGGGCAGCUACAUCAUGAAUGUAUAUAUUAAGACUCUGUAGCUGAAUUGCACAUGAAAUCAGAUUGCCAACUUCUUAUCUUUCAAUUUUAGACAUCAUUUUAUCCUUAAGUUGUGAGUGAUAUAUGUAGCAUGCUGUGAAAAGUCUGUUAGAGUUCUUUAAUUCAUCAGUAUUAAUACAGAAUCGUCUUUUGCGUUCCUUGGUACUUUUUAUUCAAUGUAAUCAGAAGCUGUGAUGUUUUCGCCUUUGUAGUCCUGUGCUUUGUUACUGUAAUUUUUUUUUUUUUACGAAGCACGUGUCUUUGGACUAACGUGAGGCAGACGACGUGAUCUUUAAGACUGCUCUAUAUACAGUCUCUUACUCUAUGAGGUUUUCAAUUAGAAUAAGCUUUUAUCAAAUAGAUCAUUGAUGCAAUUUAGGAUCCACACAAUUUUCAGCGUCGAAUGGCGGUCUUACAUUUAUAGUUUCAAUUCUGAAAAUAGCAAACUUGAUAAACAGCCACUUUAAACUCGUUCUGGCGAAUCAGACCCUGUAGAUGUAGUCUAAGGUAGUUAACCAUAUAAGCCUUUUCAGCUAUUAUGCCCUCCACACGAGUCAGCAGUUAAGGAGAAUAUAGAACCCAUGGAAGCUUUUUGUAUGUAUAACUAGGUUUUAUUUUUCUUAUGUUGCUGAUUUUACAACUCUGACUAAAGCUGACCUGAACGGAUCAGUUUAUGUGUAAUAUUCUAGUGCUUUCAUGCCUUUUUUUUUUUUUGGAGGGAUGGAUAAUAUUAUUUGAACAGAUGCAGAAGGAACUGUUAGUGAGUCAAGCCAAACACAUUUGAAAUAAAGGAACUGUGUAUUAACAUGUUAACAAUUCAUAACUGCACUUUUUAUGACAUUUUGAAAAUCUAUUUAUAGGUACAGAACAAUGGGUUUUGUUAAACUGUAUCACAUUUAUACUUGCAGAAAUUUAUUUCAUUGUUAUUAGUAGGAAUUUUAUUGGUUCAAUAAAAUUGGCAAAACCGAACACUGA